UCUGGUGAUCCCGAUUCAAGUUCCCGGAUAAUGACGUCAAUUCUGCCUCAUCCGCCAUAUUUAGUGUAAAUUUACAUUUUUGCAGCCUGAAUAGAUCGGUUGCCGCUAAGCAGAGGGGAGAAACUGUCCAUUUGAGUUUAAAGCCUGUAAACUAUAAACAAACAUAAUGUCUGCGCAACCCAAUCCCCAGAAUCCCCAGGCUGGUCCUGGUGGGCCACCGUCGGCAGUUGGAGGUCCUGGGGGACCCCCCAAUAACCCAACUCCAGCCCAACCCAGCAAACGGCUACAGCAAACACAGGCUCAAGUCGAUGAGGUUGUGGACAUCAUGAGAGUGAAUGUGGACAAGGUGUUGGAGAGAGAUCAGAAAAUUUCAGAACUUGAUGACAGAGCAGAUGCUCUACAGGCGGGGGCCUCUCAGUUUGAGGCGAGUGCUGGCAAGCUCAAAAGGAAGUUCUGGUGGAAGAAUUGCAAGAUGAUGAUAAUUCUGGGGAGUAUAAUUGCUGUAAUAGUAAUUAUAAUUGCCGUUUGGGUGGCGACAAGUCAAGGAAGCAGUUCACCAACGCCCACUCCUAAACCUUGAUCUUCUGGACUGCAGACCUCUGGUGUAAACACUAUAAACAUAAUCUCUCUCACUGGUCAGUGGAUUAUUGCUGACCAGUAUCUUCUUUACUCUCCAUCAGAACAAUGGGAACACUUUUCCUUUUUCCUAUGUAUUGAAGAUUUGUGUCAUUUACACAUGUGUGUUUGACAUGUCAACCUGUUAUUGUUGAAAAAAUAUUUUUAAUGUGGUUCCUUAACAUCCCUCAGGGACAUCUGUCAUUAACAAAAAUAUUGUAAUUGACACGUUUCUUUGGUAUGUUUGUUGGUUACAUCUAUGUCAUCAACAUGUUUGGUGUUACAUCUAUGUCAUUGACAUGUUUGGUGUUACAUUUGUCUCAUCUGUGUCAUUGACAUGUUUGAUGUUACAUUUGUCUUAUCUGUGUCAUUGACAUGUUUGAUGUUACAUUUGUCACAUCUGUGUCAUAGACAUGUUUGAUGUUACAUUUGUCUCAUCUGUGUCAUUGACAUGUUUGGUGUUACAUCUAUGUCAUUGACAUGUUUGGUGUUACAUUUGUCUCAUCAUUGACAUGUUUGAUGUUACAUUUGUCACAUCUGUGUCAUUGACAUGUUUGGUGUUGCAUCUGUGUCACUGACAUGUUUGGUGUUGCAUCUGUCUUUAACAUGUUUGGUGUUAAAUCUUUGUCAUAGACAUAUGUUUUGUGUAAAUCUGCAUCAUUUACAUGUUUAUUGUAACAUCAAUGUCACUGACAUGUUUGCUGUCACUCUGUAUCAAGUUAUCUAGAAAGGGCUAGGAGUGUUUCUAUUGAUCUUGACAUGAACUUUAGUGUUUACAAAUAUUAAUCUAAAAUAGUGUAGUUAAGGAGGAAAUUUGAUAUGUGCUGCCCUCUUCUGUAGGGUGCAGUAUGUAGUAAGAGAAAUACUCUGCUAGCAGUAAGGGGAGACAACUAGAUAGAUGCCACAGAUGUUGGGUGUACGGUGUAGAGAGAGAAGUAGUACAUUACAUUUCAGUCAUAUUUAUUGUUAUACUGUAUAUAUUAUCAUACCAUUGGAUGAGGAAGAUCCUGAAAGCACUGUUGUUGUGGUAGUACAUGUGCUCAUUGAUAAUAGUUUUUCAGGCACUGACAUUAAAAACACUGCUUAGUGUAGUUCUUUCCUGACUUCCUUUGCAACUUAAGUUUUGAAUUAAGGUUUACUUCAAUGAUAAAGUAUGAAUCUAGCUGAUUAUAACUGCAGUCUAGUUUGUUGCAUUUAGUUUACAAGUUUGAUAGUUUUGAUUAAAUUGAAAAAAGAGAAAUUUGGUGGAAGUUGUAGUGAAACUGAGGUGAUCUUCUCAAAAUUAGUUUGUGUAUACUGUCAUACUGUCAUACUGUCAUACAAUGUAUUGGUAAAGUGAAACGGGAUGAUAAAUUUGCCGUGAGAUAGAUUAUCUGUUAAUGUUACAGAAUCUAUACUUCUCUUCAAACGUUAUAUCAUGAUUAACAACUUCCUUCAGUCACAGGUGUUUAUAUAUAUAUGGAGCCUGUGCGUUACGGUUGUGAUGUUACCUAUAGGUCAAAGGUCAUGUCAAAGCUUUUAAAUCCUAUGAUUUAUAACAGAAUCAUAAUAAGUAGUUAAAUAAACAUACGCAAAUGUUGAUGUUUUAAGAUUUCAUUGUUGUGUGUUUUUUCUUAUUUAGUUGUAAACAGAAUCUCCAUCAUGCUGUGUAGUCCACCUAUACCAUAUCAUUAUCAAACUUGACAAGUUCGGCAAGGUUCCAGGCCAUUCUGAGGUGACCUUGGGAUAUUGUACUUGAUUUUGCUCAUUCUAACAUGUACCACGGUAACAAGCUUAAUCAUUCAUUCCAUCCAUGCUAUAUUAUGGGCAAAAAUUGACAAUAAAGUAGUCAGAAUUGAUUUAACAUUACUAAGUAAAAAUCAGGAAUUAACAGUUUUAGGAAUGUAAGGGGCCUCUGGUUUGACUAUUGCAUAUAUAGUCUUGUCUGGAGUUGAUGUGUAAAACAUGUUCAAGAAAACUUUCUUACAAUACUUCCAGCUGCCGUUGAUUGUCCUUUAUUUAGACAUUUGUCUGCGAGAAUGUCCCUCACUAAGAUAUAUAGUUAAUAGGAUCACAAACACGAUUUAUGAAUACAAAAUGGUUUUCUCUGAGAGGACCCAUUGCUUUAGUCCCUUUGUGUCUUCUGUGUUUAUGUGUGUCUACCUAGGUUUUGCAUCCAUUUCUCCUGUGGAUAAUUCAUAUUGUAUUAGAGGCAAUUGUUAGGUAGAGAGUUGUCUCCCUUCAAUGUAUAAAUAUAUAUUUAUUCAAUACACAAAUUGUCCAAAACUAUGGAAUAGACAUUGUAUAAAAAUAGACUGAACAAGUGUUGGAAACAAAUGAUACUUAGUUGUGUAUAAUAUUAUUUAACUCAUUCACCCCUGAUGACACAUUUGAACUCUUCCAACUCAAAGGUUAGAAUAGUUCAUUAUGAAAUUUCAGGGGUGAAUGAGUAAACAGGUGUUGGCGAGAUCCUACCUUUAAUGGUAGUAAGUGCUACUUUAUGAAAUGAGAAAAGAAGUUUAAAUCAUUGUUGUGAUAUGUUCUGAGAAGUUUGCUACACUUGGCUUUAAGUUAAAGAUAUUUUCAUGGAACUAUUGGGGUGACACAAAAAAAAACUUCCGUUUUCACCAGUGGACAGCGGGAUGCUGUAGAGGUUGUCUCUUGAUCAUCAAGCAAUAACAGAGUGAAAUCCUAUACUGUAAGCUAUCAGCUAGAAAGUCUGAAGCAUUAAAAUGUAAAGAUACAUUCCUCAUUGGUAGCCAAGUGUAGUUGAAUCUUGACAGGUGUCAUCUUGACAGGUGUCAUCUUGACGUCUUGAGAAAGAGGUGUAGUUAUAUUUGACAGAUGAUGUCCUGACAUAAAAGUGCAUACACAGAAAUAUAGCAUUCCAGACAUUAUGUUACAUAUUGGUUUAGUUAGUUUAUCAAUUCAUUGUUCUCCAUCACAUUGUGUCUAACGUCGGAUAUGUACAUGAAGUAACCUCAAACAACUAAACUUUGUCUUUGCUGAUUGUGAUUACAAGGGUGGGUUUCUUUUGAAUACAUAAUGUAUAUGUUACUGAAGGUUUUGAACACAAGUGAAUUUGCUGUCAAAGGAAAGCAGCUGUAGGAUUUAUCAUUGUCCAGAUAAUUAGCCUGUGACUGUCCAGUUGCUCAAACAUUCCUUGGCUUAAGGUUGAGUAAACUUUCCUUGUGGAUGUGUUUAAGUUAUAAUAAAUCUAUAACAAUUUCCCAAAUAUAUGACAUUAUCAGGUACUAGGUACUGUAAAAGUGGACAUUUGGUUAGUAAAUUUUCAUAAUGACACACCAAGAAAUCUGCAUAACAGUAGCAUUGUCAAUGCAAACAUGUUUACACCAGGAAAAGCUUGCGGACCUCCCACAUGGGAUCCUCUCUUCCCCACCCACCCCCAAAAAUAUCUACUUUCACAGUACAUCUUGGAUGUAAUGUGCCAUAUUUGGUAAGCUGGUGAUAGAGGUUUAUAAGGUCAAAGGUCAUCCUAUCUGUAGAAAAUGUCUAAAAAUGUUUCUAUGCAUUCCAUCUUUUAGUAUAGUUUGAAACGGAAUAUUUCAAUAAAACUUAAUUUUAUUAAUUUCAUUACGGACCAAAACGCUUACAAGUCACCAAAACAGUUUCUCUAGCGAUACAAAAGUGACCUAUAAAAAUAUCAAAACUUAAAGCCGACAACUUCACCUUAAUGCUGUGUAUUCUGAGCCAUUGUGCAAUACUAAAUCUGCAUGUAUGAUUAAUUGUGUAUGUUCAAUGAGAUGCAGUGAUAUUCUCUGAAAUAUUGCUGCUGGAGUGACACUGACCGAUCUUUAUUUUGUAGUAGCUUGCUCCCAUAAUGCAAAUUGUUUCAAAUUCAUUUUUGUUUUUAAAAUUUGUUAAUAAUUAUCAACACAUAUGUGUGUACAUAAUAUAUUAUUUAGUUAUAUAUAUAUAUAUAUAAGAAUCUUGUUGAUGCGUUUGAUGUAAAGUAUGUGUUAAGUUGUUGUGAGUUAGCGAUCAUAUAAUGUGUAACGAAUCUUAGGCCACUGUAAAUCGGGAGAGAGCGCACUAGUAAAUUGUUUAUGUGCCCUUUAUUUGGUCAUUUCAAAUUCAUGGGUUAUCAGACGAGAUUAUUUGGGAAAAUAUCAGUCUUUCUGCAGGCUUGUUACCCUGUCAAGUCUCAUAAGUCUAAAAUCCCUGAUAAAAAUCAUCAAAAAAAUGGUUGAUAAAACUGAACAGAUCCGUUGUAGGUGUUUGUUUGAACUGCGAAAAGGUCACAAGUUUGGUGUUGUUGAUUUAAAAUCCAAAAGUGAGAAAAUAUGAUAUCUUUAAAGAAAUCUGUAAACAAACUUGAGAUAUCCAUAAGUUAUCUAUUAGAAAAUUAUAUAUAUAUAUAUGUAUAUGGAACUUGACCAAAAGGGAAUUUUGUAAAUGUGUGUAAAGAAAUUGCCGAAUUCUGAUCGGUGUAUGUUUACACUCGACCAACAUGUGAUGUAUGCGACAUACAGUGUGGGUACUUGUAUAAUACUAUUAUCUUGUAUAUUUUAUUUAUGUGAUCUUUAAUAUGCCUGAUACAUGUUUGCUGAAAAUUCACAAAUUCAAGAACCGUUGACAUUUGAGCAAUGUUCAUGUUGACAAAUCACAAGAUUCAAAUGAGAAUAAAUCCAGCUAAAGAAUGAACUAUUCUAGGUUAGCCGAUAAGAUAUAAUUUACAUUACAAUGUAAUAGAAUGUCUGCACUUGUAUAUUGUGAAUUUUCUGCCAGUAACUGGGCCCACUGAGGCUGCAUAGUGUAAAAGGUAAUGUUUUGUGUGUUAUGGUUCCGUUUAGGUCUUGUGAUUCCAACUGUUAUUGUAUUAGUAUUCACCAACAUGUUUCCACCGUUUCUGUAACGGAUCUGAGGAAAUAAAUGCAUCUGUGUACAUAGCUUA